GCAGGGGUCGAUUUACAGCUCCUGGCCCUGCCUCUUCACUGGCCGGUCCCCUCAAGGGGACGUUGGUGAGGGGCUCUUGAUCUAGGGAAUUGGAUCUGUGUUCCAGUUCGCUGAAUUGAACCUGAAUGCCUUCCUUCCCCCUCCCCCCACAGAUCAUUAUGCUAGAAGAAUUACACAUAUCAGCAUCCAGUGACAUGAAAGCUGAUAUAAAUGGCAGAAGUAGCACAAAUAGUUAGUGUCAGAAUUACUACAUGCUGAGUGUCAGUACCUAUUAAUAUCUUGAUGCUUCCUGGCACAUGUACAUCCUCAACAUCACGUACCUCUGCUUCAUCUCCUGAAAUAUUUUUGGGCAUCAUCCAUCACAGAUGUGACAUCUUGAUCUACCCGUUGAAAAUGUGUGGAAAUCUUAAUAAAUUCUUUUGUAUUUUUUAUUUUGGUAAAUGUAAUUAACAUGUCUCCUCAUCUCCUGCCACCCCAAGAUAUUAUGACCAGUGCUGCUCUCAUCCUUUCUUUUUAACUUGUAUAUUUUGUUUCUCUGGCAGCCAUUUGUAGCUUCCCUUUUAGACUUUUUCUAGUUCACAUUUUUUGUUAGGUACUGACAGCAUACCACUGUUGAUUAUUACAAUUGUGGUUUAAUAUGCUGAAAUACUUCACUGGCACUUGAUAAUCUGAUAAUAUAUAGGUUGUUAUAAGGUUGAUCAGUGUCAGAUAUGCUUUUCUUAUUUCAUUGCAUGUGAUCUGGUAAGUUUUAUUUAUUUAUUUAUUUAUUUAUUUAUUUAUUUAGAAAUUUGAGCACACAUACAGAGGUACAAAAAAUACAGAUAAGAGCAGCAUGCCAAAGCCACUUAUACUAUGCAUAGCAUUACGGGCUGGCUUAAAAUUAACUUAAGAUUAACUAAGCAAUGACUCAGUAAUGUCUCUCUUAGUGUGCCUUUUUUAUAUUUUUACUUGGUUACUAUGUUACGUUACAUGACAUUAAUAUCAUUAUUCUCCCACUCCACUCUCUUAAUAUUCCAGGUCUUCAUUUUGAGUUAAAUAUUCAUUCUUUAUGGCUUAUCUUCCAUAGAUUUUGUGUCAUCUCUGAAAAUGUACAUUUAAUUUUGAAUUUCCUCUAGAAGUUUACACACCAUGGCAAACAUUAACUGAUAAAACGCUCUUUCUUGCAACAUCUCACUAGUAACAUUAUGAGGGUAUUUCUCUGUAACACCAUUUAUGUAUUAUCCACUUUCUGUUAAUGGCUCUUUCUAUUAAUUUCACAGAAAUACUUAUCAGCAAAACUCAUCUGUAGUUUGGGGGAUCCUCCAUGUCCCAUUAAUUUAAUUAUCAACACAAUGUAUACUAUUUUCCUUUGUUAACCAAUUUACUUUCUUGGUAGAAUUGCAAGGUUUUUCCAGAUAGGAUAUCUUAGUUUGUUUGCAAUUAUCAAGACCCGAGAUACUAUCUUGUCUGGUAAACUUAACUUGUCAACAUCCCAUUCACAUGCAUCAUUGACCUCCAAGUUCUGUACAGAACAAAAACUUGUCUCAGUUAAAGUUUCUGCUGCAGUGUGUAUCUUUCCUUAAAGUAUUCAAGUUCAGAUGCCAGUUUGUGAUAUAAAUCUCUAACAUCCAAAGUGCUCUCUUUUAUAAACACUAAAAUUUUAUAUAAGAAUGGAGAAAUGCUACAGUAGGCCUACUAGCCCAUACUAGGUAGGUCCUUUUCAAAGCCAAUCAUUCUCACUCACAUAUUUGUUCAGUCUAUAUCCAAAGCUUCUUGAGAAGCUAACUUCAGUACCUCAGAUUCUCUUCAGAUCCAACCCUUCUCACUUCUAUAUUUGUCUAACUUAUUUUUAAAGCUACCUAAGAAUUUAGCUUCUAUGAACCUACUUCGCAGAUAGUUCCACUAAUCAACAACUUGAUUUGAAAACCAGUUUUCUUAUGUUCUUUCAAAAUCGAAACCUGUCUAAUUUAAAUCUGCUAUUUGGAGUUCUUUUCUGAUUUGAUAUCCUCAAUACUUUAUAUUGUCUUUGUUUAUCUUCCCUCAUUCUGUGUUUCUCAACAGAGUGAAAGUUCAAGGCUCUCAAUCUAUCCUUGUAUAUUUCACAUAUUUAUUCUCAUAAUUUGAUGAUUUUAUUUUCAACCUUAAUUCUUUAUACUAGUGCUGUCGUUCGAACAAAAGAUUUGCUUUCUUCUUUAUAUAAACAAAAAAUAUAUAAAUAAAUAUGAGAGGUCAUGGAGAUAUUAAAACAUAUCAGUGUUCAGAGUGUCUGAAGGUUUUUUCACAAAAAUCACAUUUAAUAACUCACCUGAGAGUUCAUACAGGAGACAAGCCAUAUCAGUGUUCAGAGUGUCUGAAGGUUUUUUCACAAAAAUCACAUUUAAUAACUCACCUGAGAGUUCAUACAGGAGACAAACCAUAUCAGUGCUCAGAGUGUCUAAAGGCUUUUUCACACAAAUCUGACUUAAAUAAGCAUCUAAGAAUUCAUACAGGAAAAAAACCAUAUCAGUGUACAGAGUGUUUACAGACCUUUUCAGGAAAAUCAUAUUUAAAUAAGCAUUUAAUAAUUCAUACAGGUGAGAAACCAUAUCAGUGUAUGAAGUGUCUAAAGACUUUUAUACAAAAAUCAGGUUUAAAUGAACACCUGAGAAUUCAUUCAGGAGAGAAACCAUACCAGUGUUCAGAGUGUCUAAAGGCCUUUUCAAAAAAAUCAAAUUUAAAUGAUCACCUGAGAGUUCAUACAGGAGAGAAACCAUAUCAGUGUUCAGUGUGUCUGAAAGCCUUUUCAGAAAAAUCAAAUCUAAUAGUUCACUUGAGAAUUCACACAGGAGAGAAACCAUACCAAUGUUCAGAUUGUCUGAAGGCUUUUUCACAGAAAACAAGUCUAAUAAAACACGUGAGAGUUCAUUAUGGAGACAAAUAAACAUCUGUGUUUAAUGACUCAAGAUGUCCUCUGUGAAAUCAAGUCAGACAAGAAUCAUUAAAGAUCAUACUAUGUGGAAUAUCUUAGUUUUCUGUGAAUAU